GCUACUUCCGCGAGAGUUCCGCUGGGUUCCUGAGAUUAACCUCCGGUUCUGCGGGUCCGGGAAGCCAUGUUGAAACCUGGAAACGCUCUAUCCAGAGAAUGGACAGAAUAUACAACUUUUAGCAAGUACAGUAGAUCCUCCUCAUUCAUGGAUUCCAAUAACUGAAUGGAUAAAGAAGAUGUGGUACAUAUAUACAAUGGAAUAUUACUCAGCCAUAAAAAAGAAUGACAUAAUGCCAUUUGCAGCGACAUGGAUGGACCUCGAGAUUGUCAUACUGAGUGAAAAACGAAGAGAGAGAGGAAAGAGGAGAUGCUCAGCAAAUUUCCUAAACAUUCUUGACUGUGGUCAAGACGGGACUUGUGGAGACCUCCAGAUCCAUGCUGAAGUCUUCAGCUACUAACUCGGAUUUUUGUUUAGCAAUGGAGUCUUCCUCUGCUGAGACCAAUUCAACUGACCUACCAUCACAGCCCUGGGAUGAACCCCAAGUAGUUCUCUCCAUGGUCAUUCUCUGUUUCACUUUCCUACUGGGAUUGCCAGGCAACGGGCUGGUGCUGUGGGUGGCUGGCCUAAAGAUGCAACGAAGUGUGAGCACAGUUUGGUUUCUGCAUCUCACCUUGGCUGACUUUCUCUGCUGCCUCUCCCUGCCCUUCUCCCUGGUUCACUUGGCUCUCCAAGGACACUGGCCCUACGGCUGGUUCCUAUGCAAGCUCAUCCCCUCCAUCAUUGUCCUCAACAUGUUUGCCAGCGUCUUCCUGCUGACCGCCAUUAGCCUGGACCGCUGUCUUUUGGUACUCAAGCCAAUCUGGUGCCAGAAUCAUCGCAACGUGGGGACAGCCUUCACUAUCUGUGGAUGUAUCUGGGUGGUGGCUUUUGUAAUGUGCAUACCUGUGUUCAUAUACCGGGAAACGUUCACUAUAGACAACCAUAGUAUGUGUGGCUACAAUUUUGGCCUCUACAGAUCAUUAGAUUAUUCAGACUUCAACUUUGAUCUACUGGAAAACGGGUCUCUUGACAACUCCAUUGUUGAGCUGCCUGAAGAAAUGGAUGAUAGGUUCGAUUCUUUCUCUCAGCAAACAAAUGAUUGUCCCUGGGCAGCCACCGCUGGCCUCUGUUCUCAAAUAUUUCAAAGAACUUCUGGACAUUCACUCCCUACGGAUUCAGCUAGAUUGUCUGUUCAACAUCCAUAUUAUAAGGUAUUUAAACCAGCUGAUGAGGUCUCAGCUACAAUCCCCAGUGAUUUUCCCAUUGAAGAUCACAGAACUAACCCACUGGAGAACUCUGAUGCUUUUCUUCCUGCUGAUUUAGAGCUUUUCUCUAGUGCCUCCGGCAACUCCUCAUACACGUGGGAGCUAUUGGAAGAUUUCCAGGAUGAUGAUUCAGGCCAAUUUGCAUAUGGCCAUCAAGUGCCAACACCCCAGGUAGCAAUAACCAUCACUAGGCUCGUGCUGGGUUUCCUGUUGCCCUUUAUCCUCAUGGUGGCCUGUUACAGCCUCAUUAUCUUCCGAAUGCGUCGGAGACGCUUCACCAAGUCUCGGAGCAAAACCUUGAGAGUGGCUAUGGUGGUGGUGGCUGUCUUCCUUGUCUGCUGGGCUCCGUACCACAUUGUUGGAGCCCUCUUACUGUUUAUUGACCCAGAAACUCCCUUUGGGGAAGCUCUGUUGUCCUGGGACCAUGUGUCUCUUGCUUUAGCAUCUGCCAAUAGUUGCUUCAAUCCCUUCCUCUAUGCCCUUCUGGGGAAAGAUUUUAGGAAAAAAGCAAGACAGUCCAUGCAGGGAAUUCUGGAGGCAGCUUUCAGUGAGGACUUGACACACUCUACCAGCUGCCCCCCAAACAAAGUCUCUUUGGAAAAAAACAGUAUCAGUACAGUUGUGUGAAAAUAUGGAGCAGUUGACCCAAGCAGAGGUCCUUAGGCAUUCACCCAGUGCAUCAUAUUUCUAAAAAGACGACAGAGAUGGGGAGCAGGGGAUUUCAGAAACUGUCAAAGAAUCAAUCCAGAGGGUCUUAAAGUGUGGUCCCAGACUAGUGGCAUCGGUAUCACCUGGUUGAUAGAAAUACAAAUUCUCUAGCCCCACCAGAGAUUUGCUGAAUCAGUCUCUGGGGGUGGGGCUCAGACAGUGUUUUCACAAGCUCCCUUGUUUCCGAUGAAUGCUAAAUUUGGGAAGCAUUGUAAAAAUUAUUCUAUUUCUAUCGCAAACAAAGCCACGUGAAAUAAAUGCGAAGGCAGUCUCCUUUAAAAUGUUUCCAUCAUUAAAUUUCUUUCUAAUUUCCUUCCAGAUUCAAGUUAAAACCAUUUCUUCUAGUCCUACCUGAGUGAAAGGUGAUCAUUUAUUCUGUGGCUUUGUUGUGGUGACGGUGGUGGUGAUAGUUUUAAAUGGAAAAAAAAAAAAAAGGUGCAAAAAGAAAGUCUAUAAAAACAAGGAGUUAUGAGUCUGAGUCUGGAGCAGAGUACAAUGCCAGAUGCCUGCAACUUGGAAUACUCCUGGAUACAGGACGUAGGAAUUCUGAGUUUCCAUUAUUACAACUAAGUAAGCAUCUAUUGUGUAAAGACAGACUACUUAGGGAUCUAAAGACUUUCUCAUGAAACAGUAUGUAAGCCGCAGUUUGGGGAGUUCUCUCUUCCCUCUGUUUGCUCUAUCUGCCUAUUGAUAGAAUCAUCUAUCUUUCAUUCCUUUCCUUAAGCUCCUUAAUUCCCUUAUUCCUCCCCUGCCUCUAAAUCUUCUUCCAGACUUUAUGCCUCUAAUAACCAAUAGUUUCAUAAGAUGCAAAUUACUCCCCUCCUCUAGCUCCACAUUAGUACUUUCCAAGAAACUCAUUUCAAAUGAAAGGAGAAAGACGGUGGAGGAUAGGGCAACUAUUCUUGAAUUCACUGCAAUAUAACAGAGUACCCUCUGGGCACGUUAUCCAACUUUAAAAGAAAACAUGACUGUAGGUGUGUAUCUUUCAUGCCAAAAUUACCAGAUAUAUCUUCGGGUUUUUAAAAUUAAUCUUUAUCUUUACCAAAGUAAUACAUGCACAUAACUUAAAGAGAACCUAAGGCUUAUAAUGAAAUCUAACAGGUUUCCUGCCCCACUCUGCCCAGCCCCUCCUUCCGCCCACUCCCACUUCCCAGGGAUAACCUUUGAAACGAUUUUAGAUGUUUCCUCUGAUAUUCACCAUGAUAUUUCUAAGUCAUGACCUUAUGCUGCUAGUUUCUGUAGACGUGAUAAAAUGACUUCUUGUUUUGAAAGAUGACGAAUUUUAUCCAAACACAUUCAUAUUUUUUGUUUAUUCAGCAUCCCAAUAUUCAUUACCCAUCAUCCUUUAAUUUGUUCAUGAUCACACAUUUUCUUCUACUUUGUUGACCCAUUCCAACCUCCCUUCUCUUUUUCUUUCACUCGUUUCAGAAAACAUUAUUAAACCCCCAUCACCUUCUCAUUUUUCUCUGUAUAUAAAGUUUUAUGUGUUAAACCUCUAAAUUUUCAGGUUUUGUUUGUACUACAACGUAGCCUCAUCUGCAUACAGUGAUUUAGUCUGAAAAAUAGAAAAUGAGAUGUCUUAGACUUUACAAGGCACUAUCCUUUGUUCAGUGGUUGAGGGGAGGGUCUGGACUACAAAUAAGUUAUAAAGUACUAUGUGGAAAAAUUUCAAAUCACUAGGAAUGCUUUCAGUUGUGCAGUAAUGAUAUCUGACAUGAUGUGAGAUUUGCCAUGCUACCUUCCAAUUUAAUCUGAUCAUAUAUUUGAUGUGAAUAAAUGCUUUCUUUCUGAA